AUGCGGUCGCAAUGGGUUCGCCACGCUGCUCGAGCUGCUCGAGCUGCUCGCGCCCCAGUUGCAGCUCGUGCAUCUCCCUCUGCCGUAUUCCAGCAGCGAUCCCUUCAUGCCAGUCGCUCUCUUCGUCGGGAUGAGAAGGAGGAGGGGGACGAGCGCGAGGGCUCCUUCGCCCGUACCGACCCUUCUGUCGAGGUCGAAUAUCCUGAAGAGGCCGACCUUCCUCCUAGCACACCCGUGCAAGGACGAGGUGGUCUCCAUUUCAAGCGUACUCUCGCCUCUUUCUCUCUUGAAGGUCGUGUUGGCGUUGUCACCGGAGGUGCUAGAGGUUUGGGCCUGGUGAUGAGCCAAGCAAUGGUCAUCAGUGGUGCUGAUGUUGCCAUUGUGGAUCUAAACAAGGAGGAGGCAGAGAGGCAAGCAGUAGAGCUCGUGGAAAUCUUCAAAAAGGAGAACCCAGGAGCAGAGAAGAUUCCAAAGGUGACAGCACAUUACGCAGAUGUCUCUUCUCAAGAGUCUGUUGAGGCAGCCAUUGCAGAAGUUAUCGAGCAGCAUGGCAAGAUCGAUAACCUUGUCACAUCGGCAGGCUUCACUGAGAACUUUGAGGCAAUCAACUACCCAAUUGACCGAGUACGCAAAUUGUGGGGCGUUAACGUCGAUGGUACAUAUCUGUUCGCAGUCGCAGUUGCAAAACACUUGAUGGAACGGAAGGCUCCAGGAAGCAUGGUCUUCAUUGGUAGCAUGUCAGGAGCCAUCGUCAAUGUCCCACAACCCCAAGCUCCGUACAACGCUGCUAAGGCAGCUGUCCGACAUCUGGCCUCCAGCUUGGCGGUUGAGUGGGCUCAUUGUGGUAUUCGCGUGAACUGCAUCAGUCCCGGUUACAUGCUUACAGCACUGACAAAGAAGAUUCUUGACGAAAACCCAGAUCUCAAGAGACAUUGGACAUCCCUUAUUCCUCAAGGCAAGAUGGGUCAGCCAGAAGACCUUAUGGGCGCCGUCACAUUCCUGUCGUCUGACGCCUCGGGUUAUAUCACAGGUACGUCUAGUCCUCGGUGUUGGGUUGAGUCUUGCCCAGGAUCGCUGUUCUACCCCCCACCCCCAUUUUGCUUCUUGUAUGAUAGUUACUGA